GAUCCCUCCAAAGAACGAAAAGCAAACAUGCCCGAAACGGAGCCGUGGGAAGCACUCGAUGUAGACGAUUCAGACGUCCCCUCUCUCCUCCGCCCUUGCAAGAACCUCCACAACCACCAAACCAAUCACCCCCAAAUCACCUCACAGUCGCUCUCCAACUCAAUCCUCCAACGCUGUUCUCAACUCCCACCCUCUCAACCCACCCCCAAUUUGCCAACUCAAACCCUACCCUCUCUCUCUCCUCGCCUCAUUCCAGGCCCCGCCGGGGCCGUUCAGGCUGCAAUGCUCCGUAAAGCCCGCGACAACCAAAGCUUCUCCUGCAGCGAAUUUAACCCUAUCCCAACGCAGGAGUAUAUAAGGAGGGCGGUGGAAAAUCCGGAGGACGAUGAUGAUUUCAAGAUGAAUACUUGGCUUUGGGCUACUGAAUAUCUUCGCAGCGAAGGUGUGGUGGAUGGUGGGGUUUAUUGUACACCUUUGAGCUCUAUCAAGAAAUCCGAAGGCAUUGGCAAGGUUGAUAAGGUUGUGGCUGUUAUCAAGUCUUCCACACCCAAUGGCCUUGGAGAUAUGAUGGUGACUCUAAAGGAUCCUACUGGUACAGUUGAUGCUAGCAUUCAUCGGAGAGUCUUUUCCGAGCUGGAUUUUGCAAAGGACAUAUGCGUCGGCUCAGUUUUGAUACUUCAAAAGGUUGCUGUUUUUAUCCCUUCACGUUCAGCACGUUAUCUCAACAUAUCACUCAACAAUUUGGUAAAGGUGCUUCUCUCCCUAUUCUACUGUUAG